CGUAGUUAUUGGGAGGUGGAGAGGAGAGGAAGAAUUUAUGUCGGAGUCACAUACAAGAACAUCAGCAGAGCACGGAGGGGAAAGGAAUGUGGAUUUGGAUAUACUGAAAAAUCCUGGGUUGUCAGUUGUGACUUCAACAGUUUUAAUUUUUGGCACAACAACAUCAUAACUCCCAUCUCAGAUCCUGAGUCCUCCAGAGUGGGAGUGUACCUGGAUCACAGAGCAGGUAUUCUGUCUUUCUACAGCGUCUCUGAAACCAUGACUCUCCUCCACAGAGUCCAGACCUCCUUCACUCAGCCGCUACACGCCGGGGUUGGACUUUUUAGUGGUACUGAAGCCUCGGCAGAGUUCCUGAAACCUGAGUAGAGGACUCCAUCAGAUCUCCUUGUGUGGUUUUCUGAAGGAGCCUCCACAUUUUCUGAGCUGAGACGUUGAUGAGAUUUCUGACAGGAAGAAGAUUGAAACCAACAGAUGGUCGGCCGUCUUCUCAGAGACUUUCUACGUGGACAAAAGGAUGUGAGACGAGUGUGGAGAGACAGAAAGGAGCUGAGCUAGUGGAGAAAAACAUGGCCGCUGCAGCCAUCAGUCCCCUCACUGAUUCCUCAACUGAUGCUUUUAAUAAAAUAACAGGGUUCCUGUUAUUUGAAAUUUAGAAUUUCAAUUCAAUUUGGCUUUGUUUAUAUAAUGACAAUAGACCUCUGUCAUGUCAUAUUUGAAAGCCGGAAGUACCCAUCUAGAACUGGAUAAGCAGUGUUCUGUCACUUCCAAUUAAUGAAUUGCACAAUGGUUGAUAGUUAUUACUGGACAACAUUCCUCCAUAACCUCCCCAAAGUUCAACAAGACGAUGUGGUGGUUGGACUGGUGAAUGAACUCUCCACAGUGAAAACAUCCAGACUGGAUCAGGGAUACAAGUUCUUUUACGACCAGUUUAUCUUCAGUUGUAGAGAGCAGCAGUGGGUGGAGCCACAUGGUGACUCAACAGGUGGAGAGCAGAUAAAUGAGUGUGACUUCUCCAGAAGUGAAGCAGACGGGAAAGAGAGGCUGGACGUCUGCUCAGGAUUUCUACUGCUAUCUCACAGCUGAGGGAUCACUGACGUCUCUGAGCUGCAGGGGGCAGCAGCUCACCAGCAGAACCAGGGCAGACCAGCGUUCACAGGAGCGGGAAACCAGAGGAGGGUUGGGCUUCAAACCUGAUGAGCAGUAAGAGAAACUCUUCAAACACUGGCUGUUGAUGAGAGGAGAAAAUGGCUCAGGGAGGAGCUCAGCUGGAUCCACUAAAGUUCUCUUGUUCCAUCUGUCUGGAUCCCCUGAAGGAUCCGGUGACGGUUCCCUGUGGACACAGCUACUGCAGCAACUGUAUUAAAAGACACUGGGAUGAAGAGCAAAACAAGGGAAUCUACAGCUGUCCUCUGUGUGGGGACAAGUCCAGGAGGAGGCCUGACCUGAAGAAAAGUGUUGUGUUAGCAGAGUUAGUGGAGGAUCUGAAGAAGACUGGACUCCAAGCUGCUGCAGCUGAUCUCUGCUCUGCUGGACCUGAAGAUGUGGCCUGUGAUGUUUGCUCUGGGAGGAAGCGGAAAGCCGUCAAGUCCUGUCUGGUCUGUGUGGCCUCUUACUGUGAGGAACACCUCCAAGGUCACUACGAAGCAGCUCCAUUGAAGAAACACCAGCUGGUGAAGCCCUCCAAGAAACUCCAGGAGACGGUUUGCUCUCUUCAUGAUGAGGUGAAGAAGAUUUUCUGUCGCACUGAUCAGCAGUGUAUCUGUUACCUCUGCACCAUGGAGCAACACAGAGGCCAUGAAACAGUCCCAGCUGCAGCAGAAAGGAGGCAGAAGCAGAAGGAGCUGGAGGGGAGUCGACUAAACAUCCAGUUGAGAAUCCAGGAGCGAGAGAAAGACAUGAAGCUGCUUCAGCAUCAGAUGGAGGCCAUCAGUGUUUCUGCUGAUGAAGCAGUGGAGCACAGCGAGGAGAGCUUCACCCAGAUGAUCCGUCUCCUCCAGAAAAGAAGCCUUGAGGUGAAGGAGCAGCUCAGAUCCCAGCAGCAAACUGCAGUGGGUGGACUCAAAGAGCUUGAGGAGAAGCUGCAGCAGGAGAUCGCUGAGCUGAAGAGGAAAGACGUCCAGCUGGAGCAGCUGGCACACACAGAGGACCACACCCAGUUUCUCCACAGCUACACCUCAGUGUCAGCACUCAGUGAGCCCACACACUCCUCCAGCAUCCAGACUGCUCCUCUCAGAUACUUUGAGGAUGUGGCAGCAGCUGUGUCAGAGAGCAGAGACAAACUACAGGACAUCCUGGGAGAGACUGAAGAGGAGCUACAACUGCUUGAAGUACUUCAACUGCUACAAUUACAUCCAGAGAGCAGAGCAGACUUCUUAGAAUAUUCACAGCAGAUCACACUGGAUUCAAACUCUGCAUACAGAAUGCUGAAAUUAUCUGAUGGAGACCGAAAAGUAACCUAUACAAAUGCAGUUCAGCCUCAUUCUGAUCAUCCAGACAGAUUCACUGGAUGUUUUCAGGUUCUGAGCAGAGAGAGUCUGACUGGACGUAGUUACUGGGAGGUGGAGAGGAGAGGAGGAGGAGUUUAUGUUGCAGUCACAUACAAGAACAUCAGCAGAGCGGGAAGCUACAAUGAAUGUGUUUUUGGACAUAAUUACAAAUCUUGGGCUUUGUAUUGUGACUCAAAGAGUUUUAAUUUUUGGCACAGCAACAUCAGAACUCCCCUCUCAGGUCCUCAGUCCUCCAGAGUGGGAGUGUACUUGGAUCAUAGAGCAGGUAUUCUGUCUUUCUACAGUGUCUCUAAAACCAUGGCUCUCCUCCACAGAGUCCAGACCACCUUCACUCAGCCGCUACAUGCUGGAGUUUGGCUUUAUGGUGGUGGAACCUCAGUAGAGUUGUUGAAACCUGAGUAGAGGACUCCAUCAGAUCUCCUUGUGUGGUUUUCUAAAGGAGCCUCCACAUUUUCUGAGCUGAGACGUUGAUGAGAUUUCUUACAGGAAGAAGACUGAAACCAACAGAUGGUCGGCCGUCUUCUCAGAGACUUUCUACAUGGACAAAAGGAUGUGAGACGAGUGCGGAGAGACAGAAAGGAGCUGAGCUAGUGGAGAAAAACAUGACCGCUGCAGCCAUCAGUCCCCUCACUGAUUCCUCAACUGAUGCUUUUCUAAUAGUUGGACUCAUUUUUCAAGCUUCUCAUACUGGAUUUUCUUCUUCAUGGACCACAGAAAGCUGCAGCUUUUCACACUUUUGGGGGAUUUGAAGUGGAAAUUCUGAGCUUUCACAUGUUUUGGAUUGAUCAGUCUUUCUUUUUUCAUGAUUCUUUUCUGACAUUUGAUCCUUAAGAUUUGUGGAUUUUCCUGAACAGUCAACUGAUUAUUUUGGUCUUUUGGAUCUUCAUCUGUCACCAAGUCGCAGGAAGUUUGAUUCUUUUUGCUGGAAAUGACUCCAGUCAACAACAACAGUCGACAAUUUACACACACAGCUUUUAAGAACAUUUAUUUAUACAUUUCAAGUAACAGGAACUUCCCAUAAUCAAGGAAACUGUACUGACAACACGCACACACACACAGGUUUCUUUUAAAGACAUUAAACCUGUCCUAAAGUGAAAUGCUGCUUUACUGACUGUGCGAUUUGUUUCUUUUUAAAAUGUUGUUUGUGUGACACCAAAUGAAAGUUAUAGCUACUAGACAUAAUUACAGUUCUACGAGUGUGUGCGUGCCCACCUAUGGGCUUCACUAUUGGUACCUUCCAUUGGCGCCAGCCAGACACUGAGACAGAUCAAAAAAGUUGGCGUGCCAAUCAUGCCCGGGUGCUGGCACACGCCCCGCCCCGCUCCAAGAGGAUAUAAUCCAAGCGGCCCGUAAAGCUCCCUUCUUUGGAUCAACCCAGGAGAAAAACGGAAGCAGUCCAGCUGGCCUUGCAGGUCGGUGGGCAUGCACACACUUGUCAAACUGUAGUUACGUCGAGUAACUAUAAUUCCUACUUCGUGUUGUGCUUAGCCCACCUACGGGCUUCGCUAUUGGUAACCUACCAAGGCGGAGGCUGUAGGGAUAAAUGUACCUCCAGCUGGACCUUCUGAUGAGAUUGGCACAGAAGAGGAAGCAGGCAGGCCGUAAGCCCAGUACCACCACACCAAAACCUCCAAGACACUGACGUCAAGCAUCCUUGCACCGAGCCGCAUGACGGCACAAGUGUCCAUUAAAAACCAUGACACACCAUCAACGGAGCACGCACACAAUGGUCAGGACCCCUACAGUCACAUCGGCAGGGAGGCAGGACCCACACUGUGACCUGAAUUCCGCCCAGCCCUGACUGGACACAGCAGCCACAGCCGCGGAUCAUCCACCGACAAACCUGGCGAGGUGCCAAGUGCCCUGAUCCGGAUCACUUUCAAUUGAAAAUCCGAAGUGAUAACCUUGGGAUGAAAGGCCAGGUUAGGCCAGAGAUGAACCAGUCCACCAUCCUGGCUGAAGGACAUACAGGAGGAGUGGACCGACAGGGCACAGAGAUCCCCGACCCUUUUGGCAGAAGGCAGAGCCAAAAGGAGGGCAGCCUUGAAGGAGAGAAAACGGAAGUCCACCUGCUCCAAAGGUUCGAAGGGGGGCCCAGCCAGGGCAUCCAACACGGUGUGGAGGUCCCACGGGGGAACUACAUGUCUAGGGGGAGGCCUCAACCUACAUGCACCUUGCAGAAACAGCUUCACCAGCGGUUGGCUGUGUGCCGAGAAGCGUCUGAAGCCUUCGUGGCCUGUCGUGAUGGCUGAUGCAAACACCGCGAGGGUGAAAGCAGAGCGACCGCUAUCCAGCAAACCCUGCAGAAACUCUAGAACCCCACCGACGGUGCAGGAGCUGGGGUCCAAACCCUUCGCUGAGCACCGCGAUGUGAAGAGGCGCCACCGAGACCUGUAGGCCUUGACAGUAGAGGGGGCCCUGGCACUCUGGAUAAUGUUGUAUAAUUAUAUUCAUGUUAUGUAAUUAUAUUCAUGUCUGUUUAUCUAGUAUUCAUUAUAUUAUGUUAUUUAGUAUUAUUCAUAUUAUGCGUGUCUCUGUUAGAAAUAGUGUGCUUGUGUAAAUAGGUGUGGAAAAAACAAGGUAUUCUUUUUAUGUUUUCCUGCCUGCCAUUUUUCAUUUUUACGGCAGCCUCCUGGCAACUGGACUGUCUGUUUUUUCUAAAGGCAAAAAAAAGCUACAUGUAACUUCGCCUCUCUGUUUCUCUCUUACACACAUGGGGCCCACUCGCCAAGCAAUGUGUAUGUAUGUAUUGUUGGAGAAUGCUAGGUGCUCGUGAGAGCUGGAUGGAGUGUUCAUGUAUACAGUCACAGCCACUGAGUGUUUGUAUGGUGUGUUGAGGAUUGGAGGGUCCUGAUAAGGACUGAGAAGGGGUCACAGACAGGCACCUUUGUAGGGGAGGGAGUCAGGGAACUGACAGGUUCAUAGCUGUGCUCCUAGAUGUGCACAGUCACCAUGGAGUGUUAUAUAGCAUGUGCAUAGGUUUGGCAAGUAUCAUGUGGUCACACAGAAGAUA